AUGCCGGUGAAUAUUACAGAAAAUGGAGAAGAUCCACCAGAAUCAAACUGCAACUCAACAUAUUCUGAGUCUAUAACGAAUGAUGACUCAGCAAAUACUAGACAUGAAUCCUUCAAGGAAAACAUUUAUCUCCUAAGAACAGUUUACAAUAAUAUAGGAAAGAUUAUAAAACUGGUAAACUCUGCGUAUGGAGCUGUGGUUCUGUUCUGCACGAUGACUGCGUUCUUCACAGCAGUUUUCAGCAUAAGUUUAGCUUUUUCUGUUUUAGGUAGUCAGUCAACAUACUUUGACGAAAUUAACAGCAUUGUGGUGUAUUUAUCUAUCUCAUGGGCAUGUUUAUACAUCAGCCAGACAGUUGCCAUAGUUUACUCGUGCAGUGCUACUGUAACGGCUGCUAGGAUGACGGGAGUUCUGGUACAGGAUCUCCUCUUGAAGCCAGGAGUAGAUAAGGAGGAACAGCAGGAGUUGAAGGAGUUCUUAGACCAAGUACACAACACAGAUGUGGCUUUCACUGGUGCAGGUUUCUUCACUAUGAACCUAGCACUGCUCCCCUCUAUGGCUGGGUCGGUCACAUCGUAUAUCCUUGUACUGCUGCAGCUUACUUCUCCUGAGAAAACACAUUAA